GGCUUUUCUUCAGCCUCAACCAUCAACUCUCGAACGACAUCCAUCACACACGGCUGCCCAUUGCGCUCAUCCUUGGCCCGUCCUAACCGCGUCACUUCCCGGAACGAAACCUCGCGACGACAACAUCCCCCACCUCUGAAUUCGCAUUUUCAUUCCGUACCAAUAGUUGCUGGCUGGGUGCGCAACACGCAACCCGAGCAAUCGCGUCCAAUCCACCAUGUCGAGAGCGCCCAUUAAACAUGCUGCGACCUCGCGCCCCAAGCCUACACCUCCCGGCCAGGAAAGGGCCGACCACAUCCUUGACCUCGGAGAAUUCCAGAACGUCGAUACUCUCACCCUUUCGGAAGCAUCUCUUGUCAUCAACGCACUAGUUGCCAAGAGAAGAGGAGACCGUAAAAACGUCAACGAGACCGAGAUGCUCACGCAGACUCUCAACUACCUCGAUGCCUUUUCACGCUUUCGUCAGAAGGAGAAUGUUGAGGCUGUCGAGCGCCUUCUCAGCGCGCACAAGCAGCUCGCCAAAUUUGAACGUGCCCAGUUAGGUUCCUUGUGCUGUGAGACGGCAGAAGAAGCGAAGACUCUUAUACCAUCCCUUGCAGACAAGAUCGGCGACGAAGAACUCCAGGAACUGCUCGAUGAGAUCAGCAAGCUUCAGAGCAGGUGACGAGCUAAUUCGAGGUAUACCGGGUUCCAUGUCGAUCGGAUAGAGCGUCGACGUCGGAUCUCCAAGUGCUUUUGAGGAUGAGAGAACGAACAUACAUGCCAGCUCCUCCCAUUGAGCGUCUCUCCACAGGGAUCUGGACAUAAGCCAGAUAGAUGACUUUGCGAACACCAGUAUCAGGAAUAUAAAAAACAGGUCGCGGAUUGAGGGGAUCACUGGACGGCCGCGAACGGAUUUAUGCCUACAGAGAAUGGAAAAAACUGCUUAUUCGGCGCAUCACGGUUUUGUUGGCUGGGGGAGGGGGCCGGUUACGGAUGGAUUAGACGAAUUGUUUUCGUUAUGUGUUGAAUACCCAAUACCAGUUGCGUUUUGAUAUAUUUAGUCGGC